ACUGCCGAAACCACGUGACUCUGACAGCGGAAACACCGGCUGAAGUGACCGGGAGAGCGGUGUUUUCGUUAACAGUUGAUCUCAGUUGGCUCUGAGGGUCACUCUACACCGGUUUACCGUGGUAAAUCUGAAAGGGAUACAGCCGCGGAUUGAGGUUAUCUAGAGGCAGCCGUUACCGGCGAUGGAGGAUCCGGUGUUCGCGUUCGGUCUGAUAGCCGACGUCCAGUACGCGGACAUCGAUGACGGCCAGAACUACCUGCGGACGCGGCGGCGCUUCUACCGGGGCAGCGCGGGUCUGCUGCGGGACGCAGUGCAGCAGUGGCGGCGGGAGCGCGUCCGAUGCGUCGUGCAGCUCGGAGACAUUAUUGACGGACACAACCGGCGGUGCGACGCGUCAGACCGCGCGCUGGACACGGUGAUGGCGGAGCUGGACGCCUGCACGGUGGACGUUCAUCAUGUUUGGGGGAAUCACGAGUUCUACAACUUCAGCCGGUCAUCGCUGCUCUCCUCACGGCUCAACAGCGCGCCGAAGACCGGGACCGACUCCGGAAGCGACCUCAUCCAUGACGACAUCUACGCCUACGAGUUUAGCCCCGCCCCAAACUUCCGGUUCGUGCUGCUGGACGCGUAUGACUUGAGUGUGAUUGGCCGAGAAGAGGAGAGUCAGAAGCACACACACUCCUGGAGGAUACUAACACAACACAACCACAACCUGCAGGACCUCAACCAGCCACCAGUGAGUGUGGGUCUGGAGCAGAGGUUUGUGAAGUUUAACGGGGGCUUCAGUGAGCAGCAGCUGCAGUGGCUGGACGGAGUGUUGACGCUCUCUGACCACAAGCAGGAGCGCGUGCUCAUCUUCAGUGAGUGUGUGUGCCACCUGCCGGUGCACCCGUGCGCCGCUGACCCCAUCUGUCUGGCCUGGAAUCACGAGGCUGUGCUGUCGGUUCUGCGUUCGCACCGCAGUGUGUUGUGUUUCAUCGCCGGACACGAUCACGACGGCGGACGCUGCACUGACUCCAGCGGCGCUCAGCACAUCACACUGGAGGGAGUGAUCGAGACUCCGCCCCACAGCCACGCCUUCGCCACCGUAUACCUUUAUGAGGACCGCAUGGUAAUGAAGGGCAGAGGACGCGUGGAAGACCUCAUCAUCACAUAUUCAUGAGCGGAGAACACAGACAGUCAUCACAUAUUCAUGAGCGGACGAUCCAGUCAUCAUCACAUAUUUAUGAGCGGACUCAUGAGCAAACAUUUACAUAUUAUUAUCGUUUACAUAUGUCUUUACAUUUUGUAAAUACAUAUUCACGAGCGGACAUUAAAGUCAUCACAUUUUCAUGAACAGAGAACGGAGAACACGGUCAUCAUCACAUUUCACGCAGGGAUAUUUACAUAUUCAUGAGGAGAACACCAGCAUCAUUAAAUAAUAAUGAGCUGACAUUAAGGUCAUUUACAUAUACAGUAUAACAUCUUGACUAGACGAAACAGUCAUCAUCGCUGAUUUAUGAGUGGAGAACACAGCUAUUUCAGAUUCAUGAGAAGGCAAUAAAGUCAUUAGCAUAUUCAUGAGAA